UCUGCGGAAGGCGGCGGCUGCGGGCCGGCUGGCCCGGACGCUCACAUUCCGCUGCAGGGACGGGCUCUGGCAGCCGCACUGCCGGUGGUGGGGGGACCCAGGCCGGCACCCAGCUUGCGCGGGCAACGCCCCCCCCAUCCCGGCUUUGGGGACAGAUCGCGCGGGCCGAGCGCGCUCUGGGGGACCCCCGCAGACCCGCGGCCCGCGCCCGCCGCGCCUCUGCCCUCCCUGCCCGCAGCUCGGCCCGCGCUGCCCGCCUCGCCGGGCCCGCGCAGGGAUGGGGUAGGGCAGCACUACGGUCCUGGCGAUGGGCCGCCCGCUGGGCGCCGAACAGCCCCCCGAGGCCUGACCGACCGCGAGGACCGAGGGGGGAGAGGAGCCCCGCCCGGAUGACAAGUGGAUGCCCCAGUGCCCACCAGCGGACUCGGUGGGGACCAUGGCUUCGCUGAUGCCCCUCUCCCCAUAUCUAAGCCCCACGGUCCUCCUGCUGGUCAGCUGUGACCUGGGCUUCGUGCGAGCAGACAGACCUCCUUCUCCUGUGAAUGUGACGGUCACUCAUCUUAGAGCCAACUCGGCCACGGUGUCCUGGGACGUCCCAGAAGGCAACAUCGUCAUUGGCUACUCCAUUUCUCAGCAAAGGCAGAAUGGCCCCGGGCAGCGUGUGAUCAGGGAGGUGAACACCACCACGAGAGCCUGUGCGCUGUGGGGCCUGGCUGAAGACAGCGACUACACAGUGCAGGUCAGGAGCAUAGGUCUCCGGGGAGAGAGCCCUCCAGGGCCCCGGGUGCACUUUCGAACUCUCAAGGGUUCUGACCGGCUGCCUUCCAACAGUUCCAGCCCAGGUGAUAUCACAGUGGAGGGGUUGGAUGGAGAGCGACCACUGCAGACAGGGGAAGUGGUCAUCAUUGUUGUGGUGUUGCUCAUGUGGGCUGCUGUAAUUGGACUAUUCUGCCGCCAGUAUGACAUCAUCAAGGACAAUGACUCCAACAACAAUCCCAAGGAGAAAGGGAAGGGACCCGAACAGAGUCCUCAGGAAAGGCCAGUGGGGACAAGACAGAAAAAGUCACCAUCCAUCAACACCAUUGACGUUUGAACAAACCAGAAGAGAAAUGCACUAACAAGCUGGGGAUAGGGAUGGGGUCAGGGAGAGCCUAAGAUGGUGAUCUGUUCAAGACUCCCCAAGAGUACUGCACUCCCACAAUCUCAGGCUGGUACCCAUCCUCUUUUUCCACUGUGAGCAGGGCCAGAAGGUAGGUCUGUUAGGGACUGCAUCCCUGGACCUAGAAGUGGAUGUCAGAUGGAAUAGCUCCCCUCACCCCCCCAGGUCCAGGGGAAGUCACUUGUUCAACCUUAUCCCGUUAGGUCCCACAAAGGGGCCCCAUUUCACCUACAUCAGGACUCUUGGCAUCCCCAGAUGUCCCCAUGUCUUGCCUCUGGGCCUCAGAGAGGGUGGGUACUUGCCCUCCUCCAGUGAAUAAGAGGAAUUGCCUGGGCCUGGGGGCAGAUGCUGCACUGCACUACUCCAAAGUCUUCCACGGAGCCUCUGGUGCUCCCC